UAACCUGUUUUCUCGCGUGUUAGCUGGGUAAACGAAGCAGCUAGCUAUGAUUCCAACCCCCUGGACAUACACGUGUGCUUCCCGAUUGAACCUGUCAUUCAUUAACUGUCCUAGUUUCAGGAAACUCUGAACCCUGAGAGUGAUGUGCUUCUUAAUGAGAGACAUCGUAGAUCUUAAAGCGCAGUAGCAGAACAGAGUAUGAGCGUCCAAAGUCCAGAUGCUCCAGCCUCGAAUGGCAUUACUCCAUUUCAACAGAUGGUGGCGUCCUGCUCCGGAGCCAUCCUCACCUCCUUGUUAGUUACACCUUUGGAUGUUGUGAAGACCAGACUGCAAGCCCAGAAAACUCCCUUUCCCAAAGGGAAAUGCUUUGUCUACUGCAAUGGACUAAUGGACCACAUAUGUGUGUGUGAAAACGGCAACUCCAAGGCCUGGUACAAGGCCCCCAGUCACUUCAACGGCACAGUGGAUGCCUUUGUGAAGAUAGUACGCCACGAAGGGAUAAGGGCAUUAUGGAGCGGCCUACCGCCGACGCUCAUGAUGGCCGUCCCUGCUACAGUAAUCUACUUUACGUGCUACGACCAGCUGUGUGCCGCACUGCGAAUCAGGAUGGGGGACUUUGCUCAGGAGGCUCCUCUUCUGGCAGGAGCGAUCGCUAGAGUGGGUUCAGCGACAGUGAUCAGCCCUCUGGAACUGAUCCGCACCAAGCUGCAGUCUCAGAAACAGUCGUACAGGGAGCUGACUGACUGCAUCCAGUCUGCAGUGCAGACGGAGGGCUGGCGCUCUCUGUGGCGAGGUUUGGGGCCCACGCUGCUCCGAGACGUGCCCUUUUCAGCCAUGUACUGGUAUAACUACGAGAAGGGCAAGAGCUGGCUGUGUCAACGAUAUAACACCACAGAACCAACGUUCACCGUGACCUUCAUAUCUGGAGCAGUUUCUGGCGCUAUCGCAUCCAUUGUAACGUUACCUUUUGACGUUGUUAAAACCAGGAGGCAGGUGGAGCUUGGAGAGCUACAAGCAAAGAACUUGUCUUGUCGGGUCUCCUCCACCUUCAGCAUGAUGAGCAGGAUUGUGGCGCAGGACGGCUUUGCCGGAAUGUUUGCAGGUUUCCUCCCGAGGUUGAUCAAAGUGGCCCCAGCCUGCGCCAUUAUGAUCAGCACUUAUGAAUUUGGCAAAGACUUUUUCCGCAAACAUAACCAGGAACUCGGGCCGCUGCACAGCAGUAACAUCUGACAGUUCUUCAGUCUUUUUACCAAACAAGUAGACCACGUAGACGGAAAGGCUGAUGUUGCUAAAUGAAAAACAAAGGCAAGAUUUGAAGGGGAAAAAAAGUGAACAAUGGAAUUAUCUUUAUUAGUAUUUAGGGCCCGAGCAUCGACUCAGUUGGAGCGGAGGACCUAUUGAAAGAUUCUGAUAUUUAUUGUAAAACAUUGGAUAUUUUUUUUUUAUUUCUUUUUUGAACCCCUUGCCCCCCCAAAUAUUGGAAGUGAGGGUCUGAAGUGGCCCAAUGAGUUUGCUUUGUGGUAAUAGCUAAAUGAGCACUGGCUGAUCGAUUGCUUCCCUCUGGUGGAGGUUCCUGGUACUACGCAGCGUAAAGGAAAACUCACCUUUCCUCAGCUAUUUGCCUGAAAACUUAAUGGAGAUUCAACAGUGAUAUUUACGCAUCAUGUAACUUGGAAAUAAUUGAUCCUUUAAUACUAACAGAAAUUUGGUACUUUAGUACAUUCAACAGAAGAACAAAAACCAUGAAGAGCCUCAAAAAUGACCACAGAAUUGAGUUCAAACAUAAACCGCUAAAGAAGUACUCUCAAUAAAAGCUGUAGAUUUUAA